AUGGACACCAACAACAGUCACACAAGAGACACCAUGGACACUGAAGACAUCCUCAGCGUUCUAUCGACGCAGUCCACAGCACCAGAAUCCGCUUCAACAUCAACACUGCGCAACCAAGCACAUGCCCUGAUAUCCAGGUCUACAGACGAAUCAGUGUUACCUGCGACGCUGCUCGACCUCCUCACCCAAGUCAUAAAACCACUCUUCACAAACACCAAGCACCCCAGCCUGACGUCCACGGGACGAAAGAACUUGGUGCCCAACUCACCAUCAUUCGGUCCCAGCUAUCCCACUCUCUCCGACCACUACGAAACCUCGAAGCCAUGGAAAACAACAGGCUUCACCGUCCCUUUACUCAGAUACAUACUCGACUCGUAUUCCGCCCUCCCCUCCACCAGCCGCAAACAGACACUCGAAUCCCACUUUCACCUCCUCGUCCCGCCGAUCCUGAACAUGAUCGACGACACCGAUCCGUCGUACAAGGCGACCGGGUGUCGGCUCCUCCACACGCUCGGCGAGGUUUUGGUCUCCGUACAGAGCGACAUGCUCAAACGCACCGGCCUGGGUGACGUCUUCGUCCACGCCCUCAAAGGCAACCUCACGCUCCUCCCGACGCUCACACCGGAAGACGAGAGUCUGUCCGUCCUGCGUGAACUGUACCCGGCCUACAUUGCUCUCGUGGACGCGAUGUUCUGCUACUCUUCUUCCCCGUCAAAACUGACCUCCGCGGAAUCCAAGGCCCGAGACGACCUCCUCACCUCGCUUUACAGACACGGCAUCAUGGCGUCGCUCGAGCACCUCUCGUCGGCGACGUCUUUCUCGUCCACCAUAUCCGUGAGCCUGACGGUCUUUCUCCUCCGCCAGGUCCCUCCCGUUAUUGAGCGCAUGGGGAUAUCGAGUGUGCGCCAUCUCAAGGGCCUCCUACCUAUGGUCCGGGCGGGUCUGAUGGAUCCUUUCAUCCUGGUCGCUCCGGAGAUGGUCUCGGCCGUGCUGGAUGUGGUUGAAUGUGUGAUUUCGGUCUGCACUCCGCGAGUCAAGGAGAAAUGGUACCCCGAGAUCCUGAGAGGUUUGGUGGGAUGUUGGUGUAAUUGCAUCGAUGAGAACGAGGGCAGCGGCACGACCAGCGCCAGCAAAUAUCUGCCCGAGACUAUGACACGAUUGACAAAGGUAGUCAAAAUGCUAGGCGACAUCGUUGACGAAACCGAAUGGAAAGACGUUACGCGACGUCUUGUCGACGAAGAACCAGACCUAAAAGAGCUGUUCGAACAGGAUGAACAAGAUUCUUUAAACAUGACAAAGACUCCAUGGGUAUGAAAUGGAUAUGAAAUUCGUAGUCGAUCAUGA